AUGCGGCUCAAGAGCUUGACGUUCCCAAGCUUCAUGCACUCCCCCUCCGAACAACAGGACCUUUACCUGCUCACCUUCACUUCCGAUCUAGUUCAAUUUAUUUCCGGUCUCGACCCUGCACAGGUAUCAGCUCAACAAAAAGCAUUGAAAAAAGAGCUCUUCAAAAUUAUUACACUCUCCUCCCCAACCAUCACUCGAGUCCUGCGCAACAACCUAGGAAGAUGCUUCGGCGCAAUUCUGACGAAAGGGGAUCGUGGGAUCCUAUUUGAGACAAUCAACGAUCUUCUCGGAAUAUUGAACGCGAGCAAAAGCGAGGCUGAGCUCAAGACAAAGUUCGCAGCGGCGCAUUGCCUGGGAGAGGUAUUUGCUACAGCUGGCGAGAGCGCAUUUAUGCAGUCUAAUGUGGCCACAAGCAGCAUGAUUAAGCUGCUUAAACCUGCAAGCAAUCAUACUGGCUUCCGUGGGGUGAUAUUCUCUGUCCUACGCAAGAUACUGGUCGGUAUCGGAGUUCCUAUCGAUGAAACAACUGCGCGGGAUAUUUGGAAACAGGCCCGCAAUGCAGCCAGCAGCGACAAGUCUACUUUUGUGCAGAUUCAAGCCUGUCGCUGUUUGGAGCAGAUGAUUAAUAUGACACCUUUCUUUGAUAAUAUCAAUGAUUUUGAAAAUCUGAAGAUUCUUAUCUGGAAGGUGAUUGAUAGUCCGUCUUCGCCAGUUAGACAUGCUGCAGCUGCUUGUCUUGGUCGGGCACUGGUUAAGUUACAUGCAACCGAAGCCCUUAUCCUAGCGGCUCCGAAACCGAAGACUAAGAAAUCCAAGAGAAUGUCCAAGAAGCCUGGGGCUCGACCAGGAGAUGAUGAAGAGGAAGAGGUUUCGCCUGAGCCUUCUGCUCCAAAGAAGGCUGAUUCGCGCUUGUUUUUCCUUCUUCCGGACUUGCUGUGCCAGCUGUCAGCACAGUACUUGAAGAGUACAACCUCUAACCGCACGCGCGCUGGCAUUUGUAUAUGUUACAAGUACGUCAUCCGCAAUUUAGGUGAUAAGAUUGUCGAAGAUCGCUAUGGACAGAUUGCUUCCAAUUUACUGAAUGAGCUUUUGAAUCACUCUACGGUCACAUACAACCGCUUCCGCCUGCUUAUGACCCGCAAGUUCGUCAAGAGUAUCCUCGAAGACACAAUUGGGCAUGAGAUGCUCCAGGAGAGCAGUCAGCUCAACGGCGCCCAAUGGCUUAUCAACAAUAUACUAAAAGAUUACCCCCAAGUCAUUCAAGAGCGCCGAGAGCCCAGCAAGUAUACAUUGACUUGUGCUAUGAGUGCUUUGUCAUCAUUGAUUGACUCUCUUGGCUCUGCUUUCGCGGUUCAUGCAGAUAAUUGUCGUGAUGCGUUACUGCAAGUUCUUCCUCACCCAAGCUACACCGUACAGAUACAUGCAGCCCACUGUUUCCGCAGCUUUGUUCUUGCUUGCCCCAAUCAGCUUCUGUCAUGCGUUACAAUUUGCAUGAACAGUCUCAAUCGAGAGAUUGGACAGCUGUCCGCUCCCCGUCAUUCGCCUCGACGCUGUGUCGGCUUUGCAAACGGACUCUCUGCAAUGCUCAGUACUUCUCGGCUACAGCCGCUCUAUGGCUCUGUGGACUUGUUUGCACGCAUCUUUUCCCGGGCGACUGACCUUCUCAAGACCAGUAGCACCUCCGAACUACGAAUCGCAAGCACACAAAUUCAAGUGGCAUGGAUCUUGAUCGGUGGUCUUAUGCCAUUAGGGCCCAGUUUUGUCAAGAUUCACCUCUCUCAAUUGAUGCUUCUCUGGAAGAACUCUCUGCCUAAGCAUUUGGGCAAAGAGAACUCUGCCAAGCGAGGCACUUUGGAAAUCAGUUUCUUGGCUCAUGUUCGGGAAUGUUCUCUCAGUGCUUUGCUUGUCUUUAUGGAAUUUAAUAGCAGACUUAUUACAGCAGACAGUGCGAAAAGAAUAGGUGUCAUGCUGCAGAAUUCUGUCGAGUUUUUGGAUGACCUGCCCCGUCCCAAGACGGCGGAAGAAAUCUCACAGCGCCUUCAUCCUUCAAUGCAAUUGCACGAUUUCAUCACCAUGGUGCGCCGUCGAAUUCUUCAAUGUUUUUCGAAAUUGGUUCAUGUUCACCAUCCCAGUCACGGUGACAUUAUAUCUCAAUCGAGCCUUUUGAGUCUCGCUAUCUCUUCAUUUGCGGACCCGGAUGCACAGUAUCGGUCCUUAGAAAGCUCUAUUGCUGCCUCAACGGGACAAUUUGACGGUCUCUGGGACCUCUGCGAUAAUUUUGGGUAUGGUGUCACUGGACUCGCUCGAGAAUACAUUCAUGUUGCAUUUUCUGGAUCGACUGGUAGUGAACAUGCCCCCUCUUGGUCUGGGAUUGACUCGGUUGAUCAACAUGUUGACGAUGUGUUGAAUUUCCCUAUCUGUGGAGCGAAAGAACAUGAUUCGAUGUUUCUGUAUGGGCUUCAACCUGGAAAUGCUCUCUCUUUUGACCCGCCUACUACCGGUGUCAUUAACUCCGCAAUUGACUUGUUUGCUGUUGCUAUUGCUCUUCACUCACCAAAAAUCCAAGAAAGUAGCGUGGAGUCGAUUGCCACGUUUUUAACUUCGCCAAGUCUUCAACGAAACCCUGGCAGAAAGGCAGCACUGGGCGUCAAUAUCGCCGUGGCCCUUCUGCAUGCUCUCAAAGUUGCUGUUAAGGAAACCGACUUUGCUGCAGGAAAGUUGAGCACAUCAACCGACAAAAUCUUGCAGGAGCUUGUUCAAAAAUUCGUCAUUGACACAGACCCAAUUGUCCGAACCAUUGGAGUGGAGGCUUUGGGCCGUCUCUGUGACAGCGCCGGGAACUCUUGCACCAAUACACAGGUUAACUGGCUGGUGGACACCAUCAUUGAGAACCGCGAGCCCAAUGCUCGGGCCGGUUGCGCCGCUGCAUUGGGAUGUAUACAUUCUCAAGUCGGCGGCAUGGCAGCUGGUUUGCAUCUCAAAACUAUCGUUGGGGUGCUAAUGUCUCUCUGUAAUGAUCCUCAUCCGGUCGUUCAUUUCUGGGCCUUGGGUGGCUUGGAACGAGUCGCUAAUUCUGCUGGACUCACAUUUUCGCCAUUUACCUCUAGCUCUUUGGGAAUGCUCGCCCAGCUCUACAAUGCCGAUACUCACAACGAGGAAGCAGCAGCCUUGGCUACUUCUAACAUCGAGAUGGCGUUCAUGACUCCCGUAGUCAUCAGUCGCUGUGUGGACUCACUUAUCAAUGUGCUGGGACCUGAUCUACAAGAUGUUGCCAAAACUCGCAACCUUAUCCUUACCCUGCUUCGCCAGUUCCAGCUGGAGGAGAACCCAUCUCUAGUCACAGAGAGCUCCAAGUGUCUAGAUCAUUUCUCUCUGUAUGCUUCCAAAUUUGUGGACUUCACGGGAUAUGUAAAGCGUUUGCAAACUGAGCUCCGUGCUAGUAGUCCGAUGAUGCGAGAAGUUGCAGUCCGCGGGCUUAGCAAUCUCAUGAAACGGGAUGCGGCUUCUGUAGUAGGUGCCGCAUCCGAUACACUUGAGGAUGAUAUCUGGCUCGCAUUCGAUGAUGCACCGGACGACUCACCUCUCAAGACUAUGAUCCAAGAAUGGUUGCAGCAGACGGCACUCACUGAGACUGAAUUCUGGAUCCAACGCUGUCAAAAUAUUAUGACCAAGACCCGCAGAAAGGCGGAAAUACCCCCUCUAACCGCGACUCACAAUACCGCGGCCGAUAUCCCUGACGAUGAGGUGGCUGGAUUUGCCUCCGCUGUCGCCGGCGACGGCCAGGGUGAUGUUGCAAAUGGAGCUAUAUCUGGCCAAGAACUACUGAAGUGGCAAACUCGCAACUUUGCCAUGAGCUGUCUAUCCGAGCUUCUGGAAACUGUCCAAGAGGCUAUCCUACCAGAUCAAACUAUCCCCGCUGAAUUAGCUCUCCAAUCUAAGGUCGGAGAUAUUGUGAGGAUGGCAUUUUCCGCAUCCACCGCCAAUGUGAUUGAACUGCGCGUUUGGGGUUUAAAGAUUAUCGAUCAAGUUUUGACUAUGUUUGGCAAAACUCCAGACCCGGAUUUCGCAGAAGCGUCUCUACUUGAGCAGUACCAAGCUCAAAUUAGUUCUGCUCUCACACCAGCUUUUGCAGUGGACUCUUCAGCGGAACUUGCGUCCGAGGCCAUCAACGUUUCAGCUACUUUCAUUGCAACGGGCAUCGUGACAAAUGUUGAUCGUAUGGGCAGAAUUUUGAAGCUUCUCGUCCUCGGCCUAGAGAACUUUUCAAAAAACCCCGAGACCACGGAAAUUGGCGACCUCAAGGGCUUAAACUCCAAUGCUCGAGUUAUGGUCAAAUUGGCGCUGUUUUCUGCGUGGGCCAGGCUGCAAAUCGCGAGUAUUGAGCACGAGUAUCUUAACAAGGUAGUUCAGCCUUACCUUGCUCGGUUAACUCCUCUUUGGUUAUCCUCCCUUCAGGAAUAUGCGCGGUUGCGCUUUGAGCCGGAUAUAUCAGGUGCUCUAGGAACAAGCACCCAGAGUGACAACCUAGAUGAAGUUUACGCUGCCUUGAAUCGCGAAACGCUGCUGAAGUUCUACCAAGACACAUGGCUCAAUAUUGUGGAUGCCAUUGCUGGUUUGGUUGAAAAAGACAUCGACUUUGUGUUUGAUGCUUUAGAUGGUAAACUUCAGUUGCCUCAAGAUUCUAGUGAUGUGGAUGAGGCAAAGGAAAAGAAUGAAGACCAAGUGAAUGUUGAUCUCAAAGGUAAAGGCCACGACAUCAACUAUCGUGAAGAGCCUGUUGCAUUCUUCUUUGUUUUGUUCGGGCUUGCUUUUGAGUCACUGGUUGAUCAAGGAACCUCUUCCUCGCAUCGUCUAGAGAUCCUCCAGGCCCUGAAGAGAAUCUUACGGCCAAUUAUCUCUGGUAACGCCAUCUACCAAGACGCAAUCUUUACUGAGACGAUGGAUACCUUCGACAGGCUCGUUCUUACUGAGAGUAUCCCAAUCCAGACUGUUAUUGUUGAGAUUGCCCAAAAUUUGUCACUGGAUCAUCCAGCAGCAAAGAGUGACCAGGAACGAAGUGAUCACCUCUCCGAUGAUAUUGAGCAACUCUUUGAGCUGACCCGAAGCAUUAUCCUUGUUCUUGCUGGCAUGCUUCCCAAUCUUCGGGAAUCAACACCUCUGGCACGUUUCAACGUCACCUCGGACGAUUCUCUUGCACUUAUUCGACUUGCUCUUCGAUCUCUUGUCGACGUUGCCGCGGUAUUCCCCUCCAUCAUUCGCAAUGAUCUCCACGCCUGUAUCCUACACAUAUUCACUACAAUUUUUGCGACGGGCAUCUGCCAGACUGAAGUUGUCCCCCAGUCGCUACCCGUCUUUCGGCAGUUCGUUCACAGUAUCACCCACUCUUCUGGAACUCCAGAAGAUAACGACGUAGUUGCCUUCCAGAUCCGCGGCUGUCUCACCCGGCUGUUGACCAUCCUCACUAUUGCACAACGUCGGGAGGCAGAUUCCUCUAUGGCAUGUGCCAAGAACACUCUCUUGGCCAUCACCUUCCUCCUCACUGCAGGUGGACAUGUCCUCCCACCCCGAGACCCAGUCAUUAACCGGGUUCUCAAUGAGCUCCUUGACUGUCUUCAAGAUGUGGGGCUUGCUACAGUUGCGGCCAGUUGUCUCCGGUCCAUAAUUCUCAAGCCCAGUCCCCGCUUCAUGACUGACGAUGUGAUCUCUCGUUAUCUCAUCCCUCGCCUAAUCUCCUUCCUUGUCGGCUGUCCAGCAGACAAUGGAGAAAUCCCCAAUGAUCCCGAAAAUUCUCGCACAGUUAUUGCCCGCACCCUUGUGUCGUGCGUCACCACAGGGACUUUCUCUGCGGCCGAAGUCCCCACUGCCGUCUCUCUUUUCAUAUCCGCCUUCUUGGCACGAGCUAAACGCGAAGGCCAAACAGUUUAUGAAGAAUCAGCUGAUCUUCUCUUGGUACUUGCAAAGGUGGACCAAGUCACCUUCCGAAAUUUGGUGGCUCAUAUGAAUGCAGAUCAAAAAUCGCUGUUGGAGGAGGUUCUCCGCAGCGCGGGUAUUGGUGCCGGAUCGUCCAAGGAGGACGAGGCAGAAGAUAACAUGCAACAGGCUGCGCCCAGCAUUGCUCUACGAAUGGACUUCUAA